AUGAGACGCGAAGAAUUCUGGUCUGAGCGAACAGAGAUGGCUCUAAAGACAGAGCGGGAGAAUCUGCGAAAAGAGCACGCGGAGAACUUGGAAGAUGUGCGCAAGAAGAGAAACGAAUACUUUGAGAAGCAAGCCGAAGCACUUCAAAAGCAGCACAGGACUGGGUUCCAGCGUUUCGAUUCCGAUGUCUCUAUCGCAGCCAGCGCGUUGGGCAUGGCGUGGAACAGCGACACCACUACUCGCCCGAGCAGCCGACUAGGGGAGCUCCUCCAGUUCGUGCGUUCCGACAUAUCUAAGCUCAAGGAAGCCCCUGAGACAGGCGACUGA